AUGAUGUGCCCUCCCACGUGGUUGUUUUCAGAUGCUCUCACCGGUGCUGCUCCACGAUUGCUCGACGAGAAUUUCAUAGCGGACGCGACAAUGCGCGGCAGCCAUCCGACGGUGUACACGGAGGGCCGCGGUCAAGUGCACAUCGAAAUUCAAGCCCUCAUGAAGGGACUUAAGGCCCAGAUUCAAGCACCCCCUAUUGCGCUGUCGAGCGCCGAUCUCAGAAAAGGGUCGCUGCAAAGAGGCGGGGCGAAAUCGCGCGCCUUGGAGGGCCUGCCGCGCCAUCGAGAGAGCACUGACGGCAGAAGAAUUUCCAAAAAGGGCCUCCGUUUGAAUGCCGCCGGUUCCAGCAAGGCACAGCAAAGCAUGGACCAGCCGGUGUUGCGGCCCAUCAGUGGUUUGGGCCAAACGACAUGA